CUCCAAAGCACAGCUUUGAAAUUUGGACGCUUACUUUUGGAAAAUGUUUGAAAGUAGUUUAUUUAAUUAAUUUUUUUUUUCACUAAUCCGGUCCCCACCCAGAAAAUUUUAUAGUGGGCCCAAACAAUAACUCUUUUCUCCAACUAGUAUGAGUAUUUAAACAAUUUUCUCUCUCUUGUGGGGUCAUCAGAAUCUCAACCCUAAACCCCCUUUCACUUUUCUCUCUCCACCAAUAAUGGGUUCCGAAACCACCAUCAUCCCCGCUCUCCCCACCUCCGACCUCCAUAACCACCGUACUCUUCCUCCCCCUUCCCAACCUCCUCCGCUAUCUCCCCCGCCGCAGAAUCAAGAACAAGCACCAUCAGCUAUUCCUCUCUCCUUCGCUCUCCCUUAUUCUCCCUCCACAAUUACAUGUUCCACCACCAAAACGGCCACUAAACUCGCCGUCACUCGUCGCACCAAUCCCUCCACCAAAGACCGCCAUACCAAAGUCAACGGUCGAGGUCGCCGUGUUCGCAUGCCUGCACUUUGUGCCGCCAGAAUCUUCCAGCUUACUCGCGAACUCGGACAUCGAACUGAUGGUCAGACCAUCGAGUGGCUUCUGCGUCAUGCUGAACCGUCCAUCAUUGCUGCUACUGGUACUGGUACUGUUCCUGCUGUCGCUAAUUUUAGUUCUCCAGCGAAAUCGUCUUCUUAUAUUACUACUGUUGAAACCCCUUCUUAUUUUCCAUCACCGGCUGUUGUGGAGUUUGGAUAUCGGCAUGUUCCGUCGUUUACUGCGCUUUUGAUGCAACCUGAUGAUGGAGAGAUGAAAUUGAGGGUGCAAAAUGAUGAACAUCAACAACAGGAUGAUUCUAAUACCGUUGCUAAAAUUGAGAUUCAGAAUUAAUAAUCAAUUUAUUGUAAUUGUUUUUCGAUUAGUUAUGAUGAUCAAUAGUAGAGGAAGAAUGCAAUUUUACUGGUUUAUCUAUCUCUAAUGGAGUAUCUAUCCAAGUUUGUACUUUCUAGGGUUAGGGUUAGGGUUAGCGUUAGGGUUAGGGUUUGUAUUAAGGGAUUUUUGUUCUGGGCUGAGGAGGAGUCUGGUGCGAUGUUUUUUCAUCUCAUUGCUGUGAAAUCAACUGUGAAGCCCGUUUUGGUGUUCUGAAUUCCCAAUUGUGUAAAUUUUCUGAGUAAAUUCAUAGUACUAUGACAAUAACUACUAAAUUUUUGGGGCAUAUAUUUUGUUGUACUCAGUUUUACGGUUUAUUGGUACGCUGUUAUCCAAACCCGAUGACCCAUUAUUCAAAUUACUCCUAUAACCCAAGAGUGAACUUAUCCAAACCCGAUUAUCCAUUAUUAUUCACAACCUAUCUUAUACGAGACCGUCUCAUAAUAAGAUAAUCUCAAAAUAAGAAGUUUAUAAGCUAAAAAUUUCUAUUUGAAAUCAUGUCAUGCAAGAAUUUGUAUAGUCAAUGCUCCUAUUUAAUUGC